UGGAGACGAGAGCGAGUGGUUGCUUCUACUGUUACCCCUGCUACUACUGCUGCUACCCUUAGCGCUUGUGCUUCUAUACUACUACUACUACUACUACUACUACUACUACUACUACUAUUACUGCUGCUGCUGCUGCUACUACAGGAUGCGCGCGGUACUUUACAUGGUGGUAACAUUGGUCUGGAUUGUAGCAGCGGAAGAUUCCUAUUAUAGUGACUCCACGACUCAAUGUUCUAAUGACGAGUACCAGUGCAUGAACGGCCGAUGCAUCCCUUGGUACUGGGUGUGUGAUGGCAUGAAUGACUGCCCUGUGUAUGGCGACGACGAGUUUCACUGCUCAUCGUCUGACUUCAGCUCCGCCACACCUGAUGACUCCACAACUCAGUGUUCUAAUGACGAGUACCAGUGCAUGAACGGCCGAUGCAUCCCUUGGUACUGGGUGUGUGAUGGCAUGAAUGACUGCCCUGUGUAUGGCGACGACGAGUUUCACUGCUCAUCGUCUGACUUCAGCUCCGCCACACCUGAUGACUCCACAACUCAGUGUUCUAAUGACGAGUACCAGUGCAUGAACGGCCGAUGCAUCCCUUGGUACUGGGUGUGUGAUGGCAUGAAUGACUGCCCUGUGUAUGGCGACGACGAGUUUCACUGCUCAUCGUCUGACUUCAGCUCCGCCACACCUGAUGACUCCACAACUCAGUGUUCUAAUGACGAGUACCAGUGCAUGAACGGCCAAUGCAUCCCUUGGUACUGGGUGUGUGAUGGCAUGAAUGACUGCCCUGUGUAUGGCGACGACGAGUUUCACUGCUCAUCGUCUGACUUCAGCUCCGCCACACCUGAUGACUCCACAACUCAGUGUUCUAAUGACGAGUACCAGUGCAUGAACGGCCAAUGCAUCCCUUGGUACUGGGUGUGUGAUGGCAUGAAUGACUGCCCUGUGUAUGGUGACGACGAAUUUCAUUGCUCAUCGUCUGACUUCAGCUCCGCCACACCUCCGGAAGUGAGCACGUUACCUCCGACGAUCACGUGUAACAAUCCCUUCGACUUCAUCCAGGACCGCUGCAUCCUGGUUGACCUGUUCACCACCACCUCGUGGGACGAGGCGCGCUACUUGUGCCAAAGGUUCGGGGCCGACCUCGCUGUGCUGGAUGACAUGAACUUCUAUUCAAAGCUUCUGCACUACAUCACAGCCAGAGGUCUGGAAGGCCACAACUACUGGGUGGGAGCAACUGACCAGGAGAAGGAGGGCAGGUGGCUCUGGAUCGACUCCACUCCUGUACAAAUGGGACCCCCACUGUGGGCGCUCUAUGGCUCCUACCAGAGUUACGAAAUAGAGCCUAGGUCAACCGAGGAUUCAUACCAGGACUGUGCCUUCCUGGACCAAGAUCGAUCUUUAUACAUGAGCGACAUGAACUGUGACGCAAAGUUCGCCACCAUCUGCCAGCACCCUGGAGUCCCCGCGACGAAAACUCAGAAAGAGACGAUAAAUAAGGUAGAAGAUGCUUCAGAUGAAAAGGGAAUGUCCAAGGAGGAGGAGGAGGGUAAAGAGAAGGUAGCAGAGACGAUGAAGGUGAUGAUGGGCAAGAAGAAGGAAAGAUAUGUGCUUGAAGAGAAGGGGAAGGAAGUAAAGGAGGAAAAUGAGAGUAAAGAGAAGGUCGAGUAAACAAUAAUGAAGGAGAGGAAGGGCAUGUAGAAGCGAAGAUACGUGCCUGAAGAGAAAGGAAAGAAGGUGGAAAAGAAGGAAUAAUAAAAAGAGACUAAAUAAA